UUGGGCUGAUCCACAGACCAAGCAAUAAACUAAUUGCUCCAAUUGGAAAAUUCCAACUUCCAUUUCGAAGACGACGGUGGACGAGCAAGCUGAGAACUUGAUUUUCACGGCGGGCACGGGGAUUCGGAGAAUCACAUGUUGGCGGCGCAAAGAAUUCAAUCUUCAUCUGCCUUCUCUUCCACGAUUCGCUCUCUGCAACUAUGGAAUAGAGGCGUUUCUGUUCACAACCAUGCUCUAUCUUCUUCCACCGCUAGCUCUACCAACAAAGGUUUACUCGAUCUUCAGGAGGUCGAGACGAUUCUGAAUAAUGUGAAGGCAGAUGAUGUCAAAGUGAUACUAGUCCGUAAAGAGUGUGAUUGGGCUGAUUACAUGGUGUUCGCCACUGGUAGGUCUACCUGGCACGUUAAGAACAUUGCUCAAGCCCUAAUUUACAAGGUCAAGCAAAAGCAGAAAGGUGCUAGACAGUUAGUACUCCCUAGUGUAGAAGGGCAAGAGGACGGAAAGUGGAUUGUCAUCGAUUCUGGUAAAGUAGUUGUUCACGCCCUCGAUGAGAAUGCCAGAAGUUAUUACAAUUUGGAGAGCCUUUGGUCCACCGAAACACCGCAGGAUGAUUCUUCUCAGGAUUUGGACAGAGCUUUCGUGAAGAUACGUCCGAAGAACAACUCCAAGAAACCAGCACAAAAGCUUCUUAACAGGUGAAAAAUCUCUCUUCAAUGAAGAUCACAUGGCCCCGUUCUUUCAUUAAUCAUUAUGUAGACUUCCAAAAAAGAAUGAAAAAAAGAGGAAUGGUGCCAGAUGCUUCAAUAUUUGUUUUGGAAUAUUUAUUUCCAUCUUGAUCCAUGAGAUAAUGUGAGCUUAUUUUCUUUUCCUUCUCCA